GCCGCUCAUCGUCGACAUCGACUAUUGCCGACCUCUUCCUCUCCUUGACUACCCUCGCAUACCCAGUUCUGUAUACGUCUUGUCGACACCUUUACAAACAUGGGCUCACAAUCGGAUAAUCAGCCCAGUGGUUCUCAAUCCCGCCCGCCGCCACAAGGAUACCGGACUCGUCCUAAGACGUUUGUGGAUAGCUUGCCGUCCAUCAGGCUCUCUGUUCCAGCAAGAGGUCAAUUCUCACCUGAGAUCUCGGAACGAUGCUUCACCUACUGCACACAGACUGCCCGAGGUCGUGCCUUCAAUAAGGAACCGACCUGCCACACCUUCUGCAUUCGUAAAGUCUUCAAGCACGAAGUCCAGCGUACUAUCAACGACAAUAUCAACUAUAAUCCCAUGUUCCAACCCCCACCACCAGACGUCCCCGUCACGAAACUCGAUAUCCCCCUCCCUCCCGAGUCUCGCACCCGAGUCGACGAAUUCCUCGCCGGUCCCUCCAAACCUCCACAGUCACCCUCAUCCUCCACUGCAUCGAGUAAGCUUACGCCCUCCAUUCCUGGACGGCCUACAUCUGCUUCUUCUGUCAUGUCCACGACAGAUGAUAUGCGAACGUCCCGAACACAGUCAUCAUCAUCAGCCCACGACUCCUCCCGUUCAUCCGUAGACAACGCGCCGAAACAUUGGCAAGAGGGCUACUACCUUUGGAUGACUCGUUCGUACAGAUCAUCGAUUGACCACAUGAUCUUUAUGCGGUCGCAGCUCGGGCAACAGGCCUCUUUGCUGCAUGACAAGGAGAAGGCGAACGAGAUCUGGGCGAAGGCGGCCGCAAGGAACCAGGAGGUGGUGUGGUAUCACUCCACUGCCCCGAAUGCGGGGUAUGGGAACGGUGUCUUCCCAGGGAAAAAGGGGCACCCUGAGCAACCGCUUGGGGAGAGGGAGAUGCAGACGCCGGGGACGAGAGGACCACCGUUUCCGGAGCUUUAUUCAACCGACAGCAUCCUGCUCUCCAUCUCACACCCACCGCCAUCAAUUCACUUACCCACUCUGAUCGCCAACUACCUCGAACCUACUCCCAAAUUGCUCAACGUCAUCAGGGAGAGUAUAGUGAGUGGACAUCAGAAGGAACUGGCGGAUAGGAUUUUUGAGAAGAUAAAGGCCGGGGAACCGCUCACGCUGGGGAAGAAUAUCUGCAAGCAGGUGUGGAAGAUAUUCUGGCAGGGAGAGCAGGGCGAUGGCACCGAGGGUUUCUGAUCUUUUCCGGGGUCGCUUAGACCAUUCUAUUGGAUAUGGGCUGGAGAGGGCUGAAGGUGCUGAAGUCGAUGAGCGGGAGGCAUGGCACACAUGGAGGGUCGCGUUAGCAGAUGCUUGUAUCUUGAGGUUUAAUGUUCGCUUCGUUAAUUAUG